AAGUCUAACAGUAGAGGAAGGAAGUUGCUAUGUGUGCGUGUGUAUGUGUCUAUGUGUGCGGGGGGGGGUCUGUGCUGCAGAAAAGAAGGAAACAGCGGCCAAGGCCAGUUUCAAGCCGAGAAGGAGCCUUCUCCGCCGCCCGGGCCUGUUGAUCCGGCUGCCGGGCCGAGCUAGCAACUGGGGUGUGAUGGAGCAGCAUCCUUGCCCUGUGGGAGCUGAGGAAGAGGAGGAGGAGGAAGAGGGAGAGGAGGACUCCGGCCCAGAAAGCGCCUUCGGGAAGAACCCCUUCCAGCUGACAGCCGAGGACGUCUAUGACAUCUCGUACGUGGUGGGCAGAGAGCUCAUGGCCAUCGGCGGAGAGCCCCGGGAGGUGCCCAGCCGGGUAGCCCGGCUCCAGUUCCGAAUCGUGCGGGUCCUGGAGAUGCUGGAGACGCUGGUCAACCAGUGUAACCUGACCACGGAGGAGCUGAAGAUGGAGAGGGACAACCUGAGACAGGAGGUGGAGGGGCUCAGGAGAGAGGGGCCACCGGCCUCCUCCGCAGAGGUGAACCUUGGGCCAGACAAAAUGGUGAUCGACCUGUCUGAUCCAAACCGGCCCCGGUUUACCCUGCAGGAGCUGAGAGAUGUGUUGCAAGAACGAAACAAGCUCAAAUCCCAGUUGCUUGUUGCCCAAGAGGAACUGCAGUGCUACAAGAGCGGCCUCAUCUCGCCAGCGGAAGGUCCAGUGGUAAGAAGAGAAAGUGAACCCCAGGGGGGCUCCAGUGGAACCAGCGCAAGUGGAGGAAAAGCCGAGAAAACAAUCAUAAAGAGAUUCUUCUCUUUCAAACCGGGAAAGUAGAUGGAUCCUGGAACCAUUUCCGCUUCAGCUUCCUGGGUAGGACUCCCUGGAACUUCUCUCCAGAUGCAAAGGGAGAAAGAAAAGCCACAAGGAACCUUUCAAGUCCAGUAUCUCUUUGUGCCAUAUAUCACUGAUACUGGUUUUGUGACUAUUGUAUAUUGUACACUGAUAUUCCAGUAACUCUAAGUACUGAUUUAGACCCAGCUUCAGAUUUUGUUAUUUUGGAAUUAGUAAAAAUUGUUGUUGUUGUUUUUUUA